CGUAGUUCUGGCAGGUCACGAGAGUCAAGCUCUCCGGCCGAAUCAGCUGAUGGCUCAGCUGAGUGAUGUUUGCCUAUCACAGUACAUUCACUAACAGGGAGGUCUACUUAAACAGCCUCCCUCUACUCAAUAGGCUGCUCCUCCUGCAUGCAAGCGCUGCACGUAGCUAGCUCAACAAUACGACACCAACCCGGAGAUGCGACUAUUGACAGUAAUAUCAAUACCCGUCAUUCUUACCUGGCUUAAAUAUACGAUGUCCACCGCCGACCAAGAUGAACAUCUCUGGACAGAGGACGAUGCCGUAGAGACGCAACCGCAACCAGACGACACAACCAGACAUGUCCAGGACGAAAACUCCACUUCCGUCCGUAGGAGCUCCCGCCUGGCAACCCACAGCCCCUCCAACCGAAGCGCUUCUAAUUGGCCGGUGGAGAAAAUCCUGGAAGCCCUAUUCCGACGUGGACUGCACCCUCCCCUCGGAGCCAGCCACAAAGAACUCUUCAGUUUCCUGAUCGAGAAGGUUCCCGAUCUGGAUACGGCCACAGCCGCAGAAGGCCCCGCAGCCGCACCAUCCGCCCCCAGGAAAGCUACAGCAAAACGCAAAAACUGCACCCGCGCCCCCGAGUUCCCUGCCACAGCCACCGCCCCCGCCAAAAGGGCAAGAACACAACAGCCGCCCAAUCCAAAUAAGCAAAACGAAGACCCAGUCCUGGCCGCCUUGCACAACAUCCAAUCUUCCCUCUCCCAGAUGGACGUCCGUAUCCAAGCACUAGAAGCUCCCUCUUCUACCUCAGAUCCCCGCUCCGCUACCUACUUCCAAGGGAACAACAGACCCGACAUCUCCCCGUCCGCCGUCGAUGACGUCAGCUACGCGCCACCUCCUACCGUCAUGGCACCGCGGAGGACGCUGGCAACUGCAGUCCCCGCGGCCCCGGCUGGGGUGCCCUUCAUUCCUCCAGCGGCUGCCAUUUCUCCCCAGCUGCGAGCUUCCAUCCUGGCAGGUAAUAACAUCAACUUAGCAAAAAUAUUGCUGUGCUCGGAGACCAGUGACAAUCGCAUAAUAGACUGCGGGGACGUUUCAGUGCUGCUUAAAGAUAAGGCUUGCCAAAAGUCUGACUAUGGCCGAAUUUAAUACAGCAUUUGGAGUUUACAGAGACACAAUAUGCGAAAUCAAUCCCGAACGCAGGAAGGAACUGGACACUUACCUGUCUAUUAUUUCUGAUUUAGCCAUGUCGUACGGGGGGACCUUGUUUUAUGAAUAUCAUAAGUCCUUUUCCGCUAAAGCGGCUAUGUACAUUCAGCGUUUUAACCAGAGGCUUGAAUGGUCCGUGGUCGAUUUGGCCUUAAUUAGUAGGCAUUUCACGGGACAUCGCCCCCUCUCCUGUACGGUGUGCGAUUCAUUUACCCACACCACCAGCUUCUGCCCCAAGGCGGCGUCACUGUUCCAACCCGCGGUCCAAAAUAAAACAAAACACGAAGGAAGCGGGGAAAUCAAGGUGAAGACCGCCCUUCAAACCCCGCUGUGCUAUAAAUUCAAUGAAAAUUUCUGCGCAUUUCGUAACUGUAAAUUCAUACAUGCUUGCAGCUACUGCGGAGACGGGCAUCCCAGGUCUGUGUGCCCCAGGCGAAUGCGCCUUGUAAACAAGAAAAAACAUUAAAACCAUCCACGCCUGUCAACAUUCCAGAGCUGGGCAAAGCUCUGAAGCAUCAUCCCAACCGUUGUUUUGUCAAUUAUUUGAUAACCGGGUUGAUUCACGGGUUUUAUGCUGGUUUAUCCUUUCUCCCUAAAGCGUCCUAUGUUUGCCCUAACCUUCGGUCUGCUCUACAGGAACCAGGAAUAGUAGACGAACUGCUCUCACGAGAGUCCGAAAAAGGCUACAUGAUCGGUCCAUUCGAUAACUCGCCAUUUCCGCUUUUUCGUAUUAAUCCCAUAGGCGUGGCCACGCGUAAAUACUCCGGGAAGAAACGCUUAAUAAUGGACUUAUCGGCCCCUCACAACAAUGACAUCCUUUCUAUUAAUAGUCUCAUUCCAUCGCAACAAUUUUCACUAUACUACGCCACAGUAGAUCACGCUAUCGAAUUCAUAAAAAAAGCCGGUAAAGGCGCCUGGCUCGGUAAAGCCGACAUAACGGACGCUUUUAAAAUCAUGCCUCUUCAUCCUUCUCAGUGGCAUUUAUUCGGCGUAAUGUGGCGUCAAAAAAUGUAUUUCGCGGUCAGGCUCACCUUUGGUUGUCGCAGCAGCCCUCGAAUAUUCGAUACAUUAUCAGAAGCACUUUGCUGGAUACUUUUAAACAACUGUAAACUACCUUUCGUUUUACACCUACUAGACGAUUUCCUAGUAGUAGAUUUCCCCCAUUCCCAGCCAGAUCGCUGCAUUACAGCUUUAAAAAACACAUUUAAGGAACUGGGCGUUCCCCUAUCGGAGGAGAAAACUAAAGGCCCCGCUAAAACCAUCGAGUUUUUGGGCAUUAUCCUGGAUAGUGACCUCAUGCAGGCUUCCCUGCCAUUGGAAAAAUUGGUCUGCAUUCGCGAAGCUAUUAAAUCUGCGGCGGACGCGGAAUCUCUUUCAAAAAAGGAGUUGCUCUCAUUACUCGGGCAUUUUAAUUUCGCAACGCGAAUAAUCCCUCAGGGACGUUCCUUUAUCUCCAGACUCCUCGACCUUUCAAAAACCGCAAAUAACUUGCACGAUAAUAUCACCUUGGACGCAGGUUGCAGAUCCGACCUGCGAUUUUGGUCUAGGCUAUGCGACAACUGGAACGGUAUCUCGUUCUUCCAUAAUGACCAGGUAGAAACAUCAGCCACCCUUAAGUUUUUUACCGACGCAGCACCUUCAAUCGGUUUCGGGGGUUUCUUCAAUAAUCAGUGGUUCGCAGACGCAUGGCCUAAAGAGCUGCAGUCAAUGACUUUAAAUGCCCACUCUACAGCACUGCUCGAAUUAUACCCCAUAGUCGUCGCAUGUAUCACUUGGGGAAGCCUCUGGCCAAGGAAACAAAUUUUAGCCUAUUGCGAUAAUGAGGCAACGGUGAAGAUAAUUAACAAAGGGCGUUCAUUCGUCCCUCUCAUCAAUAGGUUAGUUAGACGCCUCACUUGGAUCUGCGUCACGAAUAAUUUCACGCUCCGCGCCGUUCACAUACCAGGCCUCAAUAAUCGAAUUGCUGACUCCUUGUCCCGAUUUAAAUUCCAGGAGUUCCGAACCCUGUGUCCAGACGCCGCACCUUCCAGCCUGCCAUGCCCAACCUUCAACCAAACGGUGCUAGACUAAAUGCCUCCCUGCAAACAUAUCUGUCUUCCGCCUCCCACUACAUGAGAUCAGGAUUGGCCAAAUCUACAUUAAAAAUGUACGAUUCGGCAUGGUAUCACUUCUCCUCCUUCUGCGCCGCAUUUUCAGUAGCCGUUUCGCCCAUCAAUAUAUCAAUCGUCUGCGCCUUCGUAGUUCACUGUUUUGAAUCUAGAAAAAUGCAGCCUUCCUCCAUCAAGACACUCGUAGCAGGAAUCCAAUUCCAUUUAAGAUGUAUGGAUCCCUCGGUUGGUAGCCUGCUCGGGGAUCCAUCCCUUCGUCUGCUCUUCAAUGGCUUGAUGAAAAGAAGCCCUGAAAGCAUAGACAAACGUCUCCCCCUCACUAUCUCACUAACUCACAAACUGGUAUCGCACUUAAGACAAGGGUGUUUUAAUCCUUACACAGAUUCACUUUUAGAGGCGGUAUUUCUGACUGCCUUUUACGGCUUUCUUAGAUGUGGGGAAUAUACCACUCGCACUGAGAAUUUCGACCCGUCCAUCGAUCUCACAUACUCAAAUUUAUCUUUUGGUUCACAGUAUUUUAUUAUUCACCUCAAACGCUCAAAAACCGACAAAAAUGCUAAAGGAACUCCCAUCAUUAUUGCGCAAACUGGCACUGUUUUUUGUCCCUUCUCUUCCAUGGCACGGUACCUGCGGUGGCGUACCCACGCGAGCCCGGACGAGCCUCUCUUCGCCACCGACAAAGGGAAUGCCAUGACGAGAUCACAGUUUGCUGCCCGCCUUCGGCUAGUUUGCCAAUCCUGCGAUCUCUCUCCGGAGCUAUACACCGCCCACUCCUUCCGCAUCGGGGCAUCGACGACAGCUGCUACGCUCGCCCCAGUCUCCACUCUGAAAGCCAUGGGGCGCUGGUCUUCUGAUGCUUACGAACGUUAUAUUCGUCCGGGCGUGGACGAAAUAAUUUCAGUUCAAAAAGCUAUGAGCUCAGCUGCAUAGAGUAAAGCAUUCAGUUUCGUCAUACGUCUAAUAAUAAAUGUUUCGUAAGUCCGGCAACGAGUGAGAAUUCAUUUACACUGAUGCAGGUAGUAGCAUAUUUCCCCCGGUUCAUUAAAUCGCGGCGCUCGGGGGAAAUACCGACAAGCUGUCGGUACACAUAGCCUAAUAUUACUAGCAUAUCUCACGUAGCAUGUUCCCCUGGUUUAUUAAUUAAUAACACAUCUAAGUAUUGGCUUCAGGGGAACGUCCAACAUGCUGUUGGUACACAUAACCACUGAUCCACAAAAAAAAUUUUUUGACGGCCUCAAGCCGAAAGGCUCGACUGGACGAAGGGCUUCCUCCAGGUGGUCGUACACAUAGUCAUCAUGUCAUCAUUGAACAUCGUUCCUGCUGCUGCUACUACUGGCUCCUCCGGUAGGCCUAUGCAACGAGUGAGGAUUCAUUUACACUGACGUAGUCGGUAAUAUAUUUCCCCCGGUUAGUUCAAAUCGCGGCGCUCGAGGGGAAAUACCGACAAGCUGUCAGUACACAUAGCCUAAUAUCAUACCACACAUACUAUGUUCCUUUGGGUUAUUAAUUAAUAAUACAUCAAAGUAUUGGCCUCAGGGGAACGUCCAAUAUGCUGUUGGUACACAUAACCACUGAUCCACGUAAAAAAAUAGACGGCCUCAAGCCGAAAGGCUCGACUGGACGAAGGGCUUCCUCCAGGCGGUCGUACACAUAGUCAUCACAUCAGCCGGAGACACUUAUUAAUAGCAUAUCGGCAUAUGGUUGUUUUGGGGUUUGGCUGCUGGCCUCCCGUCCUUAUCCACGCGGGCUGCGUGGUUGGCUGGAGAGCUCCAGAACAGAGCCAUACCGCCAAACAUAACUGUAUUGCCUUUAUUGUCAAUAAAGUUCUACUUGAUGACAGUGGUCCUGACAGAAAUGGAGCAUC